AUAAUGGUGUUUGCCUCUGAUUAUACUGACUCUUCUUGGCACUGGUUAAUGUGUGUAUAGCCUUGGGGUGAUGGGAGGUGUGGUGGAGGGGGAGGAGGAAUGACCUUUGGUAUUAAGAUGCCCCAGUAAAUAUUAACCAGCUCCAAAAAAGUAAGGGUACUUAGAGGUGAGACACAAUGAUGCACCGGAACCAUCUGGACUCCCUGUCUGACCUGCCUUGAAGAUUCCAAGGACACACAGAAUAGGGGCUGCCUCACAGGCUCGACCCAGUAAACUUGGACAAUGACUUCCACUCUGUACAAGUCUCUCUUCAUUCUCUCGGCUCUGAGUUUUUGUGUCUCCCAGACUAGCAACCAAGACCUCCAUCUCCCAAAACCCACUGAUGAGGAAGAAAAUUCUAUCUACCGGAAGCUGGCUCCAGUGAAUGUUGACUUUGCAUUUCGCAUAUACAAGAAUUUGAUAUCAAGAGCCCCAGACAGAAAUAUUUUUAUCUCCCCAGUGAGUAUUUCCAUGUCCUUGGCCAUGCUGUCCCUGGGGGCCAGGUCUACCACACGCACACAACUCUUGGAAGGCCUGGGAUUCAACCUCACGGAGACAUCAGAUUUGGAAAUCCACCAGGGUUUUCAAAAUCUCAUCCAUCUGUUCAACAAUUCAGAUACUGGUCUGGAAAUGAACAUGGCAAAUGCCCUGUUUCUUGACUCGCAGCUAGAAUUUAUGGAGACAUUCAUGACAGAAGUAAAGCAUUAUUAUAGUGUAGAAGUUUUUUCUACAGACUUUAAAAAUUCAACCAGAGCCAAGAAACAGGUUAACGAUUUUGUCAAGAAUAAAACUUUGGGGAAAGUUGAUCAGUUAUUCAAGGAACUGGAUAGAGAAACCAUGCUUAUUUUGAUCAACUACAUUUUCUUUAAAGGAAGCUGGGCAAAACCUUUCAACCCCAAUGACACCAAAAUGCAGAAGUUUUACACGAGUAAGAAUAUCAGCGUGGACGUGUUGAUGAUGUUCCAGUCGAGGAGUAAUAAGCACUUGUUUGAUGAGGAGUUGUCCUGUACAGUGGUGCAGCUGGAAUAUUCAGGAAAUGCUACAGCCUUCUUCAUCCUUCCAGAUGAGGGGAAGAUGGACCAGGUGGUGGCUGCCCUGAAACGAGACACACUGAGCAGAUGGUCACAUCUCCUCCAGGACAGAUCCGUGAAUCUCUAUAUUCCAAAGUUCUGCAUUUCUGAGUUCUAUGAUCUUGAAGAUGUCCUUAGGGACAUGGGGAUGACGGAUGUAUUUACCAGACAAGCCGAUCUUUCUGGCAUCACUAAGGAAGCCUCGGUUAAACUAUCUGAAGUCCUCCAUAAGGCUGUCCUCAGCAUUGAUGAAGAGGGCAUGGAGGCAGCUGCAGGCACUGCAUUAAGCAUAAGAGUCAAAUCAUAUCGUCCAGUCAUUAAGUUCGACAGACCUUUCCUGUUUGUUGUAUUUGAUCACUUCACCUGGAGCUCUCUCUUCCUGGGGAAAAUUGUGAAUCCCCAUACAAGUGCUUCGACAUAAGAUGUUGAACUGGAUGUCACAUUGUGUAAAAUGAUUGGUCUAGGAAUUGGGAGACUGGAUUUCUACUUUUAGACUUUGCACUUCUAACUUUGACUUCAGAGUUCUUCCAUUUCCUCUCCUGUAAAAUGGAGAUAAUUUUCCCCUGACCCUACCUUCCUCAUCAGCGAUAGGAUUGUUUUGUGGCCCAAAUGAAGCAAUGAAUGUAAAGGUAUUUUGAAAAGUAUAAAGGGCUAUGCCUAAAGUCUGUUUUCUUUUUAAUUUUUAAUGAUUUCUUUUGUAUUUAUAUCUUUUUUAUUUCUGAAUGUGCCCCUUUCCCCUCCCCAUUUUGGUGAGCCACCCCUUGUAACACAAAAUAAGAGACAAAG